AUGAGCCAGGGAAAGUUCUUCGCUCGGUAUCAUUUCAUCUUCAACCCCGACAACCAAAGACAGACAGUUCCCCUUCCCUCACUAUGCAGGAUGAUAUUGUGUACCUUCAUCUCGCAUUCCAUUCCUCCAGAAAAGGUUCGAGAGCACGGUUGCUUCACCAUUUUCCCUGUGAGACGCCAUGACGGGUUCGAGACAGUAAAUGCCGCUGCGAAAGUGGCCAGAAAGGAAUGGGAGGACAUCAUGGGCGAAGAAAUCCCAUCUACCUUCAGUGGGAGUGAAAGUCCCUUGACGGGACCUUGGGACUCGCUGGUUCUACCAGAGUGUGCCCCCGAGCUACUGUUUCUUGUUGGCUGGAUGACCCAGACAUUUUUCUUGGUUGACGAUAAGAAAAAGGAACCGACCACACCCUUGGAGCGACUCUUCCUUCCUCGACUUAGACAGAUGCUCGAUUAUAAUCACGAAGGAGCUUCUUUACUAUUCGAAGGAUGGCGGGACUGGCUUCAGAAGGCAGACACCCGCGACGAGGAUACGGUUUAA